GGUGGUGAGUGGAGCAAGUGAACAGCUACCUUUCACGUUGUGCCCGUACAACCAAAUAUAUGUCCAAAGCAGGUGGACAUGCUUACAUUGCAUGCAAUGGGCUGGAACCAUAAAAAAGUAUCUCUCUACAUCAGGCACUUUCCACAAUAUAUGUGAAAACAUCCAGCACGAGACUGCAAGGCUAGCAGAACUAAAAACAAAGCUACAUUGCAAAGAUGAAGUGGCGUCACAAUGGCUUUCUGAUGUGAAAGAAUGGGCAGCUGGUGAGACAUCAGAAACAUCUCAUGCCAGUCAAGGCACCACACACAGAGAACUUCAGCAGUCAAUUGAGGGGCUUUAUCUUAGUGUGAUGCUGCGCAAGCAAACUCUCUACUGUCAGAAUGACAGCAGCAAGCUUCGCCACCGCCUUCGAAGAAAGCUGGCAGAGGACAAAAAGCUCCUUCUUCAGGAGAUACAGAAAUACAAUGAUCUUGUACUAGACUCUGCCACAAACAUCAUUGACCUAGCUGUGGUGGAGCAUUCCCUCACUGGAGAGAGCAGUGUGUCUCAGAUAUGGCCGUGCGACCUUAAUGGCAGUGCAAACAUUUCAGUCAAGAAACGAUUGCAUGACCAAGUGAUGUUGACAAUGCGACUGCAAGAGGAAAGGGGCAUUGUGGUGUUGGAGAUGGCACAACACUACACAUGGUUGCAGAGCCUGGCAUUGGCUCUCAAGAACAAGAUGGCUGAGGAGGACAAGGGAAAUGAAGGACUUUGCUGUCUCUUAAGAAGAUCGUCAGUGGUGUCAGAAGGGUUGCAAGUCGUCCUUCAACAAUACAAGACUGCAUUAGGUCUGGAGGUCUCUGUCCUUCUACAUGUUGAAGAAGAAGAUCAAAGUGACCUCAGCAGUCCAGAUACCAGCGAGGAUGAAAACAUAAUUUAGAUAGAAACUGCACAAGGACUGCGUUUAAGGAAAUGGACUUGGCAUAUAUCUGUGUUGUGUUAGUAUGCUAACUACAUUAAAAUCUGUAUGCAUCCUAUAUUGUUGAAAUGUUCAACCUGUGUCUAGAUUAUCAAGCAUGUUAUUUAGCACGUUGAUGCUCCUUAAAUAUGCACAAACAUCUCAAUAUAGGUGCAACAAUCGUAUGAUAUUAUCAGAUGUAAUAAUUGAACUGAUGUUAUAUUUGGCUAGUGUAUUCAUAAUUUGUGUAUUUAAAGUUGCUAAUGGGCAUUGUUAGCCACAUCACAAACUUAAUAUUAAAACACUGCUUAUUGUGCCUUAUUGUGUUUAUUUACUUGCAUUGGUGCAGUAAUAUUGAUGUAAUGCAGUAAGGUCAUUGGUGUGUUUUACAAUGGCUUUGAACAGAGCUCAACCAAUCAGAAUAAUCAUUGAUAAUAAAGUAAAAGUUUUAUAACGGGUAAGUUGAUAUGAAAUACUGUAAGCACAUUCAUCAGGAUGACUUUGC